AUGUAUGGGUCGACUUUGAGUGCUAGAUCUGCUAAAUUCAGUAGGCACGAUAGAAUCAACUACCUAGAGAACUCGUUAGAGGGAGAAAUGAAAAACGUGAAGAGUGACGAAAUUUUGAUUACCACAGGAGAGUCAAAUAGGCUGCCCAUGCUCCAGUUCUUUCCUUUAGAGGAGUUCAAACGAAUGAAUUUCGAGCCGAUUGAUCUUUCUUCAAUUAAUUUCAAACUACACUCGACUCCCACGAUCAGCAAUUAUUUUGAUCUUGUCAACGAUUUAAACCUUGUUCUUCGAGUUGUGAAUGAAGAUAACCGAAAAAAAUACGGCAAACAAGUACAGUUGAAUUCACUAAUUCAAUCUAUUGAGGAAGGUGUAAGGGUUCUCUCACCCAAGGAGACUAGCUCUUACAAGGCAAAACCCACCAAGCCAGUGAAAAGUUUUAAAUUGAGUGAUUCUCCUAACUACUACGGGUCAAUGAGUGAGUCAGAAUUUACAGAAUCAUCCAGAUAA